UCCCUCCCUCUAAUAUAAAACCCUACAAGCCCCUUUUCUCUCUACAUCAUCCUCUGUGACCUCUGUCCGUCUUCUCCGCCUGCUCAACCCUCUUUCCGUCUCGGUCCUCCGGCGAAUCCUCCCACCAACCAUGUCGUGCUUCAAGAGCAAAUACGAAGCUGAGCUCAUUGCCAAUGCUGCCUAUAUCGGCACCCCUGGGAAGGGUAUUCUUGCCGCUGAUGAGUCCACUGGUACCAUUGGCAAGCGUUUGUCCAGCAUCAAUGUUGAAAAUGUUGAGGAGAAUAGGCGCAGCCUCCGCGAGCUUCUUUUCACCACUCCCGGUGCUCUUGAAUGCCUCAGUGGAGUUAUCCUCUUCGAGGAAACCCUCUACCAGAAGACACAUGAUGGCAAGCCUUUUGUUGAUGUCCUGAAGGUUGGUAAGGUUCUCCCCGGUAUCAAGGUCGACAAGGGCACCGUCGAGCUCCCCGGCACCAAUGGUGAGACCACCACUCAGGGCCUCGAUGGUCUCGCUGAGCGUUGCCAGAAGUACUACGCUGCAGGAGCCCGGUUCGCCAAGUGGCGUGCUGUGCUGAAGAUCGGCCCCAAUGAGCCAUCCCAGCUGGCCAUCAACGAUAAUGCCAAUGGAUUGGCCCGGUACGCCGUGAUCUGCCAGCAGAAUGGGCUGGUCCCCAUUGUGGAGCCCGAGAUCCUUGUUGAUGGACCCCACAACAUCGACAAGUGCGCGGAUGUGACUGAGCGGGUCCUUGCCGCCUGCUACAAGGCCCUCAAUGACCACCACGUCCUCCUUGAGGGUACCCUCUUGAAGCCCAACAUGGUUACCCCAGGAUCUGACUCCCCCAAGGUUGCGCCUGAGGUGAUCGCUGAGUACACCGUCCGGGCCCUCCAGCGCACGGUCCCAGCUGCUGUUCCCGCCGUUGUGUUCCUCUCUGGUGGGCAGAGCGAGGAGGAGGCAACCCUCAACCUCAAUGCCAUGAACAAGCUCAAGGGCAAGAAGCCCUGGUCCCUGUCCUUUUCUUUCGGACGGGCCCUCCAGCAGAGCACUCUCAAGGCCUGGGCUGGAAAGAAGGAGAAUGUGCCAAAGGCCCAGAAGGCGUUACUCACCCGGUGCAAGGCCAACUCUCAGGCCACCCUCGGUACCUACAAGGGUGAUGCCCAGCUCGGGGAAGGUGCAGCGGAGAGCCUUCACGUGAAGGACUACAAGUACUGAGAUCCAUACCUAUUGUGGGGGUUAGGUUUGUGCUUUUUUUUUUUUGGUGCUUUUUUUGAGAAUUAAAAAAAUCGAGUGGUGUGGCGGCAAUCCCCCACGCAAAGUCUGCGGUCCUGUUACUAGUUACACAGAGUUGUUCUAGGGCUUCUUUUUGGAUUUUCCGUUUCCUACUACUGCUCGUUAAAGUUGAUAGCGGACGGUGGCAGAGUAAUAAUGAACUCGAGUUAAGAGCACCUUUUGAGUGUGAUCUUUAAUGCCCUUGAGAGGGGGGUUUAAUUAAUCUUUGAGACUUAACUUUGAUCA